UCAACGUCACAGGCCCGGGCCGCCAUUUUGAGUGAGCAACCAUAGUGACAGGAACCCAAGCAGCUGCUCGGUUGUCCCCGCUUCCCCUCCCCCUUCCCUUCUCGGCUGACUUCCCGGGCACUGCACUCCACAGUCCCGGUCCUGCCAUGUCCCAGAAACAAGAGGAAGAGACCCCUGCGGAGGAGACCGGCGAGGAGAAGCAGGACACACAAGAGAAAGAAGGUAUUCUCCCUGAGAGAGCUGAGGAGGCAAAGCUAAAGGCCAAAUACCCAAGCCUAGGACAGAAGCCAGGAGGUUCGGACUUCCUCAUGAAGAGACUCCAGAAAGGGCAAAAGUACUUUGACUCAGGAGACUACAACAUGGCCAAAGCCAAGAUGAAGAAUAAGCAGCUGCCAAGUGCAGGACCAGACAAGAACCUGGUGACUGGUGACCACAUCCCCACCCCACAGGAUCUGCCCCAGAGAAAGUCCUCGCUCGUCACCAGCAAGCUUGCGGGUGGCCAAGUUGAGUGAUGCUGCCUGGGGCUCCACCAGAUCCUGAGAUGCUGCCCACCUGGGUCCUGUGCUGGCUCCUACCCUUCCCUGCUAGUGCAGCCAGGGGUCAGGUGGUGGCUUGGGUGCAGGCUAGAGAGGCAGAAAUCCCUGCCCAUUGCUGUCCCAGUGCAUGGAGCCCCUUGGGCUGAGCACCAAGACCUUGAACUUUUUUAUUUUGCCUUUUUUUCCAACUAGCUGUUAGGAGAAAUCUCAGUGAAAUCCCAUGGGUGGAGUUGAGAGGGUGGGAUGGAAGAUAUGGGGGGAAAAUGGACUUGGGUUUAGAGUCAAUAAAAAAUUUCCUGUCAUCAUCCUUAGCAAUGCAUUUGACAAGUUGGAUGGAUUCCAGGGGGAGGAGUGGUGGUAGACUAAUGAUAAGGGAUUCUGAUUCAGCCCUGAAGAGAAAUGCAUUGUUUGGAUGGACUGGAGACCUGGUGUCAGAGAGAAGGAACUGUCACUCUUCAUACAGCAGGUUCAAACAGCUUCUCUGGUUCUUCAGAGCAAGCUGAGGACUCAGUGUUAAUUGUUCAUUUAAAAAAAAGUGCUGUUCUUGAAAUAGGUUUGCUCUGGGGAGAAGGGCAGUGAGUGUGGGGAGUCCCACAGAGCCCAGGGGAAAUUUUUUCAGUAUUUGAAAUAAAAAAAAAAAAAAAUACCCAUGGAAAAACCAAACCCAAAAUA